AUGACCCCUCAUGUGACCCUAACUACCUACCACCUCAGCUUCACCAUGACACGCUCCCACAAAGCCAAUGACCGCCACGGCUCUCGCUCCCCCGAAGCCCAAAACUCUCCCCCAGACACCAGCCACCUCCCCCACUACUUCGCCAAACGGGGCCCUGUCAACGGGGAUCCCACCAAAGUCAAGAAGAACGGCGGCGGAAGAGGCAAUUGGGGCAAAGCAGGAGCCGAAGACGAAAUCGAAGACUCGGGCUUCAAUCUCACCUCAAAGCAGCUAUAUCAUCCUAACAGCUCUGCGCAGGCACUGAAGGAGUUCCGGACUAAGUUUGAGGAUAAUGAGGAUGAGAUUGAGGCUUUUGAAAGGCGUUAG